CUGAUUAAAAUGGGGAGAAUAUUUUUUUCCCAAACAAGUAGGAAAGAUUCACACCAAUCUUAAAUUUUCUGAUACUUUCUCACUCCAGAAGUUGCAGCAGCAAACUUCUUAGAUCUUCUUCAUCCAUAAUUUGGGGGAAAAUUGAGGAAAAAAACGAAAAUGUCGGCGCUUUGUAAUCGAAGUAAAUUGAGUUCUUGUUUGAUCAAACGAUUGAAGUAUCAAAUUGCGAUGGUUUCCAAUCGCAGAUCGUUCACUACUUCUGAAGGUCAUCGUCCUGCUAUCGUUAACAAGCGUAGCAUCGAUAUUCUUCAUGAUCCUUGGUUCAAUAAGGGCACCGCAUUUUCCAUGACAGAACGUGAUAGGCUUGAUCUUCGUGGACUUCUUCCACCAAAUGUCAUGAGUACUGAGCAGCAAAUCGAAAGAUUUAUGGCUGACCUAAGGAGACUUGAAAGACAAACAAAGGAUGGACCAUCUGAUCCCAAUGCUUUAGCUAAAUGGAGAAUACUCAACCGGCUGCAUGACAGGAAUGAGACCAUGUAUUACCAAGUUUUAAUUGCAAAUAUCGAAGAAUAUGCUCCUAUUGUGUACACCCCCACGGUUGGUCUUGUUUGCCAGAAUUAUAGUGGUUUAUAUAGAAGGCCGCGAGGAAUGUAUUUUAGCGCUGCUGAUCGUGGAGAAAUGAUGUCAAUGGUAUACAAUUGGCCUGCUGAACAGGUUGAUAUGAUCGUUGUUACUGAUGGUAGUAGAAUUUUGGGACUUGGAGAUCUAGGAAUUCAGGGCAUUGGUAUCGCCAUUGGGAAAUUAGAUUUAUAUGUUGCUGCUGCAGGAAUAAACCCGCAAAGAGUGUUACCAGUGAUGAUUGAUGUUGGAACCAAUAAUGAGAAGCUUCUCAAGGAUCCCUUAUAUUUGGGAUUGCAAGAACACCGUCUUGAUGGGGAGGAGUACCUUGCGGUCAUAGAUGAAUUCAUGGAGGCUGUUUAUACGCGUUGGCCGAAUGUAAUUGUGCAGUUUGAAGAUUUCCAGACCAAGUGGGCUUUCCGGUUGUUGCAGCGUUACAGGCAUAAUUACAGAAUGUUUAAUGAUGAUGUACAGGGAACAGCAGGUGUUGCACUUGCUGGGCUUCUGGGAGCUGUAAGGGCUCAAGGAAGGCCAAUGAUUGACUUUCCUAAACAAAAAAUUGUUGUUGCCGGAGCUGGAAGUGCAGGUGUAGGGGUUCUUAAUGCUGCCAGGAAAACAAUGGCAAGGAUGUUGGGAAAUAACGAGGCUGCUUUUGAGAGUGCAAAGAGCCAAUUUUGGGUGGUUGAUGCCAAGGGACUGGUUACAGAGGAGCGUGAAGAUAUAGACCCGGAUGUCCGCCCGUUUGCGUGGAAGGCAAAUGAAAUUAGACGCCAAGGGUUAAAGGAAGGGGCGAGCCUUGUGGAUGUGGUUCAGCAAGUAAAACCCGAUGUACUUCUUGGAUUGUCGGCGGUUGGGGGUUUGUUCUCAAGAGAGGUCUUGGAAGCUCUAAAAGGUUCAACAUCAACAAGGCCUGCAAUCUUUGCAAUGUCAAAUCCUACAAAAAAUGCUGAAUGCACCCCUGAGGAAGCAUUCUCUAUAGUAGGUGAACACGUUGUAUAUGCAAGCGGAAGCCCAUUCAAAGAUGUCGAACUUGGAAAUGGCAAAAUUGGACACGUGAACCAGGGAAAUAACAUGUACCUUUUUCCAGGGAUUGGAUUAGGUACGCUCCUCUCGGGCUCUGAGAUCAUCUCAGAUGGCAUGUUACAGGCAGCUGCAGAGUGUUUAGCGGGAUAUAUGACACAUGAGGAGGUGGUCAACGGCAUUAUCUAUCCUUCAACAUCAAGAAUACGCGAAAUCACUAAAGAGGUAGCAGCAGCUGUAGUGAAGGAAGCUAUCGAAGAGGACCUUGCAGAAGGGUACCGUGGCAUGGAUGCUAGGGAACUUCAGAGACUAAAUGAGGAGGAACUUCUGGAAUAUGUAGAGAACAACAUGUGGUCCCCAGAAUACCCUACGUUAGUCUACAAGAAGCACUGAAACCAAGAUUUGAGGGCAAAGAGGAAAAAAUGCUUAUAAUGCUUAUUGAACUGGAAACUGGAGAACGGACCAUGCCACCAUGGCUUGCGAUCUUAUCUGGUAGACACUUAAAUUGCUAGUUUUGCUUGAAAGGGGAACUAUCAGUUCUGUUGCCUUUUGUUCCCGUGUAUUUCAGUGUCUUGCCAUGUUCACUUUGUUGUUAUUAUUGUUACUAUUACUAUUACUAUUACCAUUAUUUCCACGGAAAGUUCAUUUUCAGGGCCGGUACGGCCUUCAAGUACAGAUGGCGGUAAAGGUUGACAACCCUCUUGAAGGAUAUAAAGUGAAGGCUAUAAAGAGAGAUAAGAUGUUAACAACUAUGUUGUCUAUCUCUGUCUCUCUUGAAGACUAUCAACUAGAUCACAGAAUCAUUCUCCCAAAAUACACUUAUGACGCCUCAUAAAUGUUGAGUGUUAAUUAUUCAAUGUGUUAAAAAACUUUUUGAGAUUGCAUGAACUAUAUCAGUGUAAGUGAAAAUGGUGCCACUGGUUGCAUGUUCUUUUUGGUGUCUGCAAUCUAGUUAUAUUUUUUUCGUUACUAUAUUACACAU